AAAAUAUAGGCUUCCCUGUGUCUACUUUACUAUUGCAGUGCUGAUUAUGAUAAUUUUUUCUGGUCUGUAUGCCGAUCAAUCGACCAUCAUUGUAACAACGAAUGGAGAAAAUAUUGCUACGGACUAUGGCAAAUCUAUAACAUUAACCUGUGACGUUAGUGUAAUCUGUAUGUGUUUUGUGAAGUCAAUUGAAUGGUACAAAGGCAAGAACAAAAUUAAAUGCUGUCGAGAUAAUACAACAAAAUAUGAAUUUGACAAGAAUCAUCUAGAGUUGACCAUUAAAGAUGUAGACAAAAAUGAUUUAGGAGAUUAUACAUGUGUUCUUGAUACCAUAUUUUUUACGUAUACAAGUAAAGAUAUCGAAGUAGUUUAUGCAUUACCUAAGAUAGUUGUAACAACGCAGCUUAUUGAAAUACUAAAAAAUGGUGAAAGCAUCGAAUUAUCUUGUAACAUAUCAUCGCGAUAUAAAACUAUUUCCGUCAAUUGGUUCAAAGGAUCAGAUAAAAUCAUUGAAAAUAGGAAGAAAUACCAAUUAAAGGGUAACAAUCAAAACAUACUUUGUAUUCAUGACGUCAAAGUUUGCGACAGUGGCACUUACAAAUGUAGAGUAGAUAAUGAAAAAGGUCGAAAUGAAAGUGAAGGAAUAACGGUAGUAUACUCCAUAUCUGAUCAGAAAACAAAUCUACAAGUUGCUUAA